AGUCACGUGUCCUCUUGGACGGGGUUACAAAAAUAUAAUUAUUUAUUAAUUAUAUUAGAUAGUGAAAUUAUUUAUCUUGUACAAAUUUUGGGAGGUUAAGCGGAGAGAGCAGGAAUGAAUCGAAGAUAGAAAAGAAAGGAAAGCAGCACAAAAGAAGAGUGAUAGGAAAAAAGAUGAGCUGCUGCAGCACUAGUGCGGGUGCCCUAAGGCUAACGGCUGCUAUGGCGGUCAGCGUUUCCCCCAAUUGCAAUUGCAAUUGCAAUUACUCAUCGAUGAAGAAGACGGCGACGAUGGCAAUUCGAGCAGCGAAAAGCAAUAUUAUUAGGUGCGAGGUUGCUAUUAACGCGGUGGAAGAGUCGACGACGUUACAGAUUGGAGCGCGGGUUAAGGUGAAGGUGCCUUUGAAGGUAUACCACGUUCCCAAAAUUGGCGAGCUUGACCUUACGGGUAUGGAAGGUGAGAUCAAGCAGUACGUUGGGCUCUGGAACGGUAAGCGAAUCUCCGCGAAUCUUCCUUACAAAGUGCAGUUUGUCACCGACAUCCAAGGUCGUGGUCCUGUCAAGUUCUUUGCCCACCUCAAGGAAGAUGAAUUUGACCUUGUUUAGUAUGCCUCCCUUCAUUAUUAUAAAACUAUAAAUAAUCGUCUGCACUGUUGUUGUAUUGUAUGUAAUCCACCUCCCUUGUUAACUAUUUCCUGCAAUUUUACUUCCCUGAAUUUUGACUCCAUAAUAAAUGAUAUUUUCGUUGCGCUUUUUUCUAAA